AUGGAAGCUACAAUUGUACCCCAUCCGAAGGACACCAAUGCGACUAUAUUGCUAAUGGGAUUACGAAGAAGUGGGAAAUCCUCGAUCUGUAAAGUCGUUUUCCACAACAUGCAACCGCUAGAUACAUUAUACCUUGAGAGUACAUCCAAACCAACUAAUGAACAAUUCUCAUCGUUGAUUGACUUGUCUGUUAUGGAGCUCCCCGGACAAUUAAACUACUUUGAGCCAAAUUAUGAUUCAGAAAGGUUAUUUUCAUCUGUUGGGGUUUUAGUAUAUGUAAUUGAUUCUCAAGAUGAAUAUUUGAAUGCUUUAACAAACUUGUCCAUGAUUAUUGACUUUGCCUAUAGAGUCAAUCCAAAAAUCAACAUAGAGGUCUUGAUCCACAAGGUUGAUGGAUUAAGUGAAGAUUAUCGCAUGGAUGCCCAACAAGAUAUCAUGCAAAGAACAGGCGAUGAAUUACUAGAUUUGGGAUUGGAAGGAGUUCUGGUUAGCUUUUACUUAACUUCAAUCUUUGACCAUUCAGUAUAUGAAGCAUUUUCAAGAAUAGUGCAACGUUUAAUUCCAGAGUUGCCUUCUUUGGAACACAUGUUGGAUAAUCUUGUACAACAUUCAAGCAUUGAUAAGGUAUUUUUAUUUGACGUUAAUUCCAAAAUUUAUGUAGCUACUGACUCACUGCCAGUCGAUAUACAAACAUAUGAAGUAUGUGCUGAGUUUAUUGACAUUACAAUUGAUUUAGAUGACUUGUAUAUUGAAAAUGAUCAAAACAACAACAAGAAUGGGGUCAAAGGUGCCAAUGGAAUUAAAGAAUUGCGCUCAGUUAGCCAUUUGUCAAAUGGAUCUACUUUAUACUUGAAGCAAAUGAUCAGAGGAUUGGCGUUAGUGGCGUUGAUACGGAACGAAAACUUUAAUGGUGCCUCUGCAGAUUCAGAAAAAUCAUUGACAAUUAUAGAAUACAAUGUUGAUUUAUUCAAACAGGCGUUAGUGAAAAUGUGGAUUCCAAAGCAUUGA